UAUUUGCAGAAAGUUGCGCUGCCCCCCCACGAAAUCGAAUCGACCCAAAAGUAGGUGGAAGGAAUUUUUGUGUUGUUAUUUCGUCGCAAUCGUGAAUUUUUCAUCCCAUAAAGGGUUCGAUACGCAUAAUCAGCCAACUGAUAAGAGAGAAAAGCACUCCAUAAUUGUUUUCCCAAAACGAACAACAAGCAGGGGCAUUGUUGACGUUGUGCAAAAGAAUAGACCUUCUUCCCGCAGUGGCUCAGCAGAACCAGCUGCAGCUUUCACUUGGGCACAGAACCAACAGAAUGACUCAGUGUGUGGCUGGUGCAUGAAAUUCGAUCCCAGCAGUGUAGCGACUCGGUGCCAGCAUAUUUUGCGUUCAACAAUCCAACUUAUUGAGAAGCAAUCGCCAGACAUUGGAAACACCCAUCCAGAGAUUGCGGGAGCAGAUUGUUACCAACUCCCGAAAGCAGCUCCCGGAAUCCCGUCAACGUUGUAGCAAUAGACACCGAAAAUAGCAACACAACGACAGGUGGAAAAGAUGAGUUACGCUUCAUUCGACAAUAAUGCCACGGGCAAUUCGAACAUCACCAACGAGGCGGACUUUCAGAAAACGGCCCAAAUCGUGGUGGCCAGCAUCCAGAAGAUCCUGCAAAAUGUGUCGUCUAUGCAGCGAAUGGUCAACCAGUUCGGCACGGCACAGGAUUCGCCCGAGCUUAAACAACAGCUCCAUCAGAUACGAUCCUACACACAGCAGCUGAUAAACGACACGACCAACCAGCUGAACGAUCUGGUAAACUGCAAGGAGCGUCACCUAAAGAUCCAGCGGGACCGGCUGGUGGACGAGUUUUCCACCGCCCUGAACGCGUUCCAAGCGGUCCAGCGGAAAACGGUCGAUCUGGAGAAGAAUGCCGUCCGGCAGGCGCGGCAGGCGAGCGGGGCCGCGAUGGCGAUCAACAAACCGCCCGGCUCGCACCACUCGAGCAUGGGCUCGAACUACAACAACACCUCGAACAGUGGCGGCGGUUCGUCGAUGUUUGAGGAUAACUUCAUUACCGGGUCCCGGGGACAGACGCAGGAGCAGAUGCAGGAAGAAAUCGAUCUGCAAGCGCUGGAAGACCAGGAACGGACCAUCCGCGAGCUGGAGGAGAAUAUUGUUAGUGUUAAUGAAAUUUACAAGAAGCUCGGUGCACUCGUGUACGAACAGAGCCACCAGGUGGACUCGAUCGAAGCGUCCGUCGAGCAGACGAGCGUGUUCGUAUCGGAAGGUGUACAGCAGCUUAAACAGGCCAGCCAUUAUCAGGCAAGUAGCUUUGUCGUGAAAGAUACACAAAAAGGUCUAACAUCACUUUCUUGCUUUCUCUCUCUCUCUCUCUCUCUCUCUCUCUCUCUCUCUCUCUCUCUCUCUCUCUCUCUCUCUCUCUCUCUCUUCCAUCAUUUACAGAACAAAGCUCGCAAGAAGAAGCUGAUUCUUGCGCUGAUAGCAGCCGCAAUAUUAGCAUUCAUCAUUCUCAUCAUCGUUCUGAAGCACUAAUGCGCUGCAGUAAAAAGAAAAAAUAAGGAAAAAUAAGUUGAAACGGCGAGAGAAUCUAUGUUAUAUAAAUACCUAGAACAGAAAUGUUUACACCGGACCGGAAGGAAAACAAAAAUCGAUACGAAGGACGUCACACAAUCCAAAGCCAGUAGAAGAAGAGUGCAAUGUGCAAUGCGUUUACGCGUUUGUGUUUAAAUUAUUUAAAUUAUCUUUUGUGCUUUACAAAGCCACGUGGUAGAUCCAUUGUGCAUCCAUUGGCAGUAGCACACACGCACCUAGCACUGGUUGCCGGUUAGCUCCCACUGAUUUGUGUACGACUAGCAUCCGUAAUAGAAUCUUGGUUAGAGAGGCGCAAUCCAUCCACACACAACAACAACAAAAAAUGCAUUCCAUUUGACGGAUAGGGCAAGGGUACGAGUUGGAUUACAUUGUGAAUCAGGCUGAUAAUUCAAAUACCAACAAUAAGAUACACAGUGAAUGUGAACGUGGCUUACAAACACACGCUGGCCGCGAAUUAAUGAUAAUGAUAUUAUGCUCUGGUUCUCUCUCUAUGAUGUGCGAGAACUUUCCGUUGUAUUGGAUGCUUUAUUUGAAAUAUAUAUAUAUAUAUAUAUAGUCGUACUGUAUUUAGUUUAGUUUGCUGCCUGCUAUUAUAACACUUAAAUCCGCCGCUGUUACUCUUCGGCCAGCCGGCAUCAAACCGCGAUCCAUUGACUACUGCUACUACUGUUCUAGGCAGAUGUAUUUUAGUAGUAUUACACCGUGUAUUUCGUAGUUUUGGGAGUUUUAAUUAGCCUUUUUUAAUCACACACUAAAAAAAAUGAUAGAAUUUGGAGAAAUGGCGAAUAGAAAAAGGAAGGAAGAAUGAAUACAAACUACGUUAAAGUGAAAUCGUUUCCUAUCCAUCCUAUACUCCUACCCAUGCUGACGGGCGAGAGAAUACAUUGAGCAAUGUGAACGAUUAUUUAGCCCACAAGUUGAAAGUAACGUACAUUUUUCGACUGUGAUACCAUUCGAUUGAAGAACGGAGCAAGAAGACGGGGUACGUUAACCGAAAAGAAACGUAUGUAAGAAACCGACAGCAUAUAGGAACAUAAAAUCCAAAGCAAAUAGCAGAUACCAGGCGUGUGCGGGACGAGUAUGUCUCUUUUGUUUCUUUCAGAGCUUUUAUAAUUAUUUUUAAAGCCAUACAUUUGUAACUCUUUAGGGAGAGAUGAUGCAAAGCUAAUCAAUAAAUGGUACAUGUUCUUCUCACACAA